AUGUCGCCUUCUCAAGCGUGUAUUGUCCCUGUUUUUGCAGGCCAAGGGACUGACAGUAUCAAUUCCUUACAGACUCGCCAACGAGCCUUGUGUGAUGCUGCAUCGCCAUCUGGCAGCCUCUUGCUGGCUUCUUGCUUUGAGGCUUUCCAUGUAGAACUCCUCACUCUUUCCUGCGAGGAUCUCAUGGAGAUUGGCGUUUCUCCACACGACUUCAAGGAUCCACGAUCUCUUCUCCCGGUUCCCUCACAGCAAUAUACCCACAACCCGAUCAUCUCGGGAAUAUCUCUCUUUCUGGUCCAGUCUUUACGAUAUCUUUCGUUCCUUCAACAAUCAGUUCCUGACGUCAAUUCUCCCCUUCCUUUCAACGACAUCUUGGCAAGUAACGGCACUCUCUCAUUAGGCAUUCUCGGAUUUUCUUCAGGAAUUAUACCCGCCUCUGUUGUUGGCACUUCUACCAACAGACUUACGUAUAUAUGCCACUCCGUCGAGGCAUUCAGACUAGUAUUUUGGAUUGGCGUUCGCAUCUGCCAGCGCCGGAAAGUAUUAUUGGAUAACCGUACAUCGGUAAGGGCAGAACCAACAUCAUGUUGGAGUAUUGUGUGUUUUGGGAUCGACAAGAUACUUGCCCAUGAAUUCAUAAAUCACUUUGAGCACAGUCGCGGUCUUACUGCAACGCUUGGUAUAACGGCCAUUCUUGGCGACACCUGUAUCACGAUCUCCGGCCGCCCUGAUAUCUUGCAGGACUUCUCAGCUACUAUCUCAGAUAUCUGCACGAUUCACAAGACUACGGUUGAUGCAUUAUACCAUUCGCCAGGGGAGAACACUGGUGUCCGAACGCAACUACUCGCUGACAUCAUCAGGCGUGAUAUUCGCUUUCCCAAUUUCCCGGACUUAAAAUGCCCUAUUCGAUCUACCUUCUCCGGCCGUUUGAUCCAUCGCCAUCAAAAAUCAGGCUCACUUGUCGAAAUAGUUUUGGACAUGUUGCUUCUUCAACCUGUGAAUUGGGACACUGUAGUUAGAAAACUCUCUGAUGCUUUGCCUUCUGAUGCUCCUACACGAUUUGUGAAUUUUGGCCCGGGUUCUGGACUUCUUCACGGUCUUAAGAGAUCGUUUCUCCGGGACGAAACAUCAUUCCAGGAUAUGACAUCAGUCGACAUGAGCAUAACUGAAGAGGCGCCAUCUUCGUCCACUAUAUUAAAGCAAGAGCCUAUUGCUAUCGUUGGAAUGGCCAUUAAUAUGCCAGGCGCACCCGACACCAACAAACUUUGGGAAGUGCUGGAAAAGGGCAUCAAUACUAUCACUGAGAUCCCGAAAUCUCGAUUCAAAGUUCAAGACUACACAUCCACGAUAAAAACUACGAGCUCCCGUACGAUGCGGGCGCAUACUGGCAACUUUAUCGACAGCCCAGAGGAGUUCGACCAUAAGUUUUUCAAAAUAUCUCCCAGAGAGGCGAGGAGCAUGGAUCCGCAACAACGAAUGCUCCUGCAUACCGCUUACGAAGCUUUGGAGAAUGCGGGAUAUGUCCCAGAUGCAACGCCAUCGUUCCAGCGAAGUACGUUUGGGUGCUACGUUGGUGCUGCAACGCAAGACUAUGUAGAGAAUUUGCGUGAUGAUAUCGACGUAUAUUAUAGUACCGGUACUUUGAAAGCAUUUCUUAGUGGGCGUAUUUCAUAUGCCAUGCAACUCUCAGGGCCUUCCAUGGUCGUGGACACAGCGUGCUCUUCUUCUGCAGUUGCGAUCUAUCAGGCUUGUAGAGCACUUGCGAAUAAAGACUGUCGAGCUGCACUUGCUGGAGGCGUAAACGUCAUCACUAGUCCGGAUAUGUUUCUUGGGCUGGAUCGCGGGCACUUCCUGAGCCCCACAGGUUCAUGCAAGACCUUUGAUGCAGCCGCAGAUGGAUACUCUCGAGGAGAAGGAACAGGUCUCUUUGUUCUGAAAAGACUAUCUGAUGCAAUAAGCGAGCAAGACAAUAUUAUUGGUGUUAUUCGUGGAAUCGAAGUGAACCAGAGCGGAAUGGCUGAAUCCAUCACCCAUCCCCACAGUGCCACGCAAACCACUUUAUUUCAGCAGCUUCUUCAGAAAUCUGGGAUGGAUGCAUCUCGAGUCAGUGUGGUGGAAGCUCAUGGCACUGGCACACAAGCUGGGGACCCCGGAGAACUUUGUAGUAUCCGUGCUGUCUUUGCACGUCAGAGAAAACCCGACAACCCUCUACACGUUACCUCUGUCAAAGCUAAUAUAGGCCAUCUGGAAGCUGCUUCUGGAGCAGCUGGGUUAGCCAAGUUGCUUUUAAUGUUGCGUCAUCGAUCCAUACCUCCCCAGAUUUCCUUUUCCAAUCUCAAUCCGAAGAUAGCAUCGCUCGAGUCCGACAACAUCAUGAUAAACACCUCCCUUGGCCCUUGGCCUUCCCCCCAAGGUGGGCUAUCUCGUGUCGCUGUGCUCAAUAACUUCGGUGCAGCAGGGUCGAAUGCUGCUCUUCUCCUUGAAGAGCACUCCACUCGAAAGGCGCCAGAAGUGCAUGACGUGCAGUAUGUCUUUGGGUUAUCCGCGAAGUCAUUGGCAUCUCUGGAGGAAAUUCGCACUCGAUAUCUGGAUUGGCUUCGGAACAUGAAUAACAGCGAGAUAAGGUUGGGCGAUAUGGCUUAUACACUUAUGGCUCGGAGGCAAAUAUAUGAGCAUCGCAUAGCUUUUACUGCACGCACCCAAGAGGAACUCGUCGAAAAGCUCUCAAUCGGUAAACCUGUUCAAGUCACUCCGUCGCAAGGCAAUGUCGUGUUCGUCUUUUCUGGUCAAGGAAGUCAAUAUCUUGGUAUGGGAUCCACGCUAUACUCAACUUGCGCUUUGUUCAAACACCAUAUCGAUGAGUGUCAGUCGUUGUUAUUGGCAGAUGGCUAUCCUGGUAUUAUCCAGGUCAUCAGUACUAGCACCGAGUCAGAUGAAACCGGCUUGACAGAAGAAUUUGAAACGUACCAAACCGCUAUAGUGGCUUUAGAGUAUGCAUUGUCAAAGCUUUGGAUGCAAUGGGGUGUAUUGCCUUGUGCGGUCGUGGGCCACAGUCUGGGCGAGUACAGUGCUUUGGUUAUCGCUGGGGUGCUUACGAUCGCGGAUGCUCUCCUCAUUGUUGCAAAGCGUGCUCGUCUCAUGAGGCGCAUGUGUAGUGCAGACUCUACCGGAAUGUUGGCAGUCAACGUAGGCUAUCGCGUUUUGCUGGAUAUCCUGGCAUCGCAGUCCUUUCCAGAAGUAACGAUCGCGUGUGUAAACAGUGCACUUGACUGCGUCGUAUCGGGCCCCAUCACAUAUUUAAGGUCUUUGAAGGCUUACUUGUCUGGCCGUGGUCAUACAUGUCUAGAUCUCGGUGUUCCUUUUGGCUAUCAUAGCUCUGCGAUGCAGCCUGUAGCGGAUGAGCUUCUCAAGGUCACUCGAGGCAUCAUCAUCAAUGCACCCACAAUUCCCAUCGUCUCUAAUGUACUUGGUGACGUUGUAUACCCUGGUAACUCCUCUGUCUUCGUUAAGGAGUAUUUUUCGCGUCACUGCCGGCAUCCUGUACUUUUCCAUCAAGGCGUCUGCGCUCUCACCGCUCAACCAGGUUUUACGCAUGUAAGCGCCUGGAUUGAAAUCGGACCCCAUACCCCAUGCCUCCCUAUGAUAAAAUCUGUAGUAAUAGAGCCUAGUCGCGCUCUGUUCUUGCCAUCCUUACGCAAGGGGCGCAACCCCUGGGCAAUCUUGACAGGUAGUCUUUCGAAACUCUAUCUUUCCGAUAUUCGUGUCCUUUGGAGGGAAGUCUUCUCACACCUUCCCUCCAUUUCGUGUAUCGAUUUACCAUCUUAUCCGUUUGCGAACUCGAAAUUCUGGAUUACAUACAAGGAGCCCCUUAAAUUCACGCCUACCCUCAGUACAACUACGGAAAAGGAGACCCUGUCGUUGAUUGAUGAAUACUCCAUGCUGCACUCGUGGAUUCAGUACCCCGCCCCUUCAAAUGAAAACACUGCCAUAUUCAAUACCCCCAUUCAUGUAUUUGCGGGUUACAUUCAAGGCCACAAGGUCGCUGGGUACGCGCUCUGUCCUGCUUCUAUCUACUUGGAACAAGUCCUUGCCGGUAUCGAUCUCACUAAAAAAUAUCUAAAACUGAGUCGAAACAACGUCCCAGUUCUGCAGAAUGUACAAUUUGCGUCACCUCUUGUGUAUCGUGACCAAGUCUCCCUCGCAGUGAGGACACAUAUCACCCUACAUGAAGAUGGCACAGGCAUGUUCACCGUUACCUCUACCUCGCAUGUCUCUUGCGAAGAGUCUAUUCACGUCCGCGGAAAGUUGAGCUUCCGUCCGACUUCAGAAGUAAUAGGGAAAUUUGCUCGCGCUUCUCCCAAUAUAUGUUGUCAGGCAAAAGCUGUGGAUACCCUGAUAAAUGAACAACUCCCCGAAAGAUUUUCCACACGCACAGCAUAUGAAGUUGUCUUCUCAAGAGUCGUUGAUUACUCGAAAGAGUACCACACCAUGCAGUCCCUCACUGUUAGCGCCGAUGGAACCGUGGGUUCUGCACUCAUGAAACUUCCAAGUGACUAUGAUCAGGGUUCCUACGUCGCUCACCCUAUCUUUAUCGACACGCUCCUACAUAUCGCUGGCUUCAUGGCUAAUAUGCAAGGUGGCAUCAACGAAGUCUAUAUAUGCAGUGACGUAAGUUCGGUCAAGCUGGUAUCAGAAGGCAUCGACUAUCAGAAUCCCUACCUCAUUUACUGUAGCAGUUCGUGGACGUCGGUCAAAAACGUCAUGCGUGCAGAUGCUUAUGCCAUUCAAGUAGCAGAGCCCAAGCGAAUUGUGGCUCAUUUGAAGGGAAUGCAGUUCCGUCGCAUUGGUAUCAGUAGCUUCAAGCGAGGGCUCUCUAUUGCUGCAGGUGAAACCGAAGCGGUGAAGACGCGCAGACGAACGAAUUCGAAUCCCAUGUUGUCCCCAUCUUCUCUGGAGAGCUUUGUUUUUUCCAGACCACGCUCCAGCACGCAAAGCUCGACUUCUACUGGUGAUAACUCUACUAGUAGUUUUCGCGGUCGUGUGUUAAAGUUUGACAUGCAGGCUGAUGUAGGACCUCGAGGCUUGGAUGUGAACAGGAGUAUGGAGUGUUAUACGGGUUGCCUCGAACCUGAUCUGUGUGGAUGUCAUUUUUCCAGCGUGACUAGCCAAAAUUCUAGUGCACAUUCAUCACCAAGGACCUUCAUAUCCCUUGAAGAACACAGUGUUCCGGCCUUUAUUGACGAUUUAUCCUCUGUCAAAUCCAUCCUUUCUUCUGUCCUUGACAUGGAUAUCCAAGACAUGGGGAAUGAUGUGGACCUUCACACUUUGGGCUUGGACUCGCUGACUUCUAUUGAAGCUCUUCAGACCUUCCAAGCCGAAUUUGGUUUGAAGCUACCUUACGAUCUUUUUCGCGGUUGCUCUACUGUCCAGUCGGUGCAUACUUAUAUUCUCGAACAUCUUCUCUCAGAUGACAAGUUAGAUCAUGACGUAUGCGUUCGGGAUGCGGCCGAGACUCCUCGCUUUGGACCUCAGCUUGACUUCAAGCCAACUUUACUUCAACGAUCUAAAGACGAUGAUCAUCUUCCGCUAUUUCUGGUUCAUGAUGGUAGCGGCUUGAUCCACUAUUACAGUCAACUCUCGCCGCUAGGCCGUGAUAUCUGGGCCCUCCACAACCCCCUGUUUGUUACUGGGGAUGCUUGGGAGAGCUUGGAGGUGAUGGCUCACGAGUAUGCGCAGCACAUCAUGGAAAUUGCUCGGGGCCCAAUACUCCUUGGAGGCUGGUCAUUUGGCGGAGUUUUAGCCUUCGAAGUGGCGAAUCAACUCACGAAGAUGAAUGCUACUAGUAUAGUCAAAGGUGUCCUACUUAUCGAUGCACCCAGCCCCAUAAACCAUGUUCCGCUUUCUGAUGCUAUUCUCGACUUUGCCACAAGACUUGGCGAACAUAGCGAGGACACAAUGAUCGCCCACCUCAUAAAAACACAAUUUCGAAUGAACUCCCAGUUGCUCCAAAAAUACACUCCAAUGUUUAAAAAAUUUCCAGCGCUUGCUCUGCUUCGCUCUAGGGAAGGAUUCGACCCAGAAGGUUUAUCUGACGUGCCGGCUUGGCUUGCGGACCGCCGAAACCAUCGAGAUGCUACGUCAGGCUGGGAAAGCUUGGUCGGCGUAUCCAUAAGGAUAUGGGAUAUCCCUGGCAAUCAUUUCGAACCUUUUCACGACACCCAUGUGAGUACUCGCGUUGCAAGCAAUCCAUGCACUAAGCGAGCCUUGCAGAUCGAGUGUGUUUCCAUUCAAAUCGCUGAAGCAUGCUCUUAUCUCGAAAGUCUCCCAGUCUAG